GAUUUACACCAUCCCGGGCUCGCACCAUCCCGGGCUCGCACCAUCCCGGGCUCACACCACCCCGGGCUCACACCAUCCCGGGUUUACACCAUCCCGGGCUCACACCAUCCCGGCCUUACACCAUCCCGGGCUCGCACCAUCCCGGCCUUGCACCAUCCCGGGCUCGCACCAUCCCAGGCUCACACAUUCCGGGUUUACACCAUCCCGGGCUCACACCAUCCCGGGCUCGCACCAUCCCCGGGCUCGCACCAUCCCGGCCUUGCACCAUCCCGGGCUCGCACCAUCCCGGCCUUGCACCAUCCCGGGCUCACACAUUCCGGGCUCACACCAUCCCGGGCUCGCACCAUCCCGGGCUCACACCAUCCCGGCCUUGCACCAUCCCGGGCUCGCCCCCCGCUCCGGCCCCGCUCCCGCCCUCCCGCCAAUGACGGCCGGCGCCGUCACCGCGUGCGUCACGGGGCGGCCGCCAAGAUGGCGAAGGUGUCGGAGAUGUACGACGUGACUUGGGAAGAUAUGCGUGAUAAAAUGAGGAAAUGGAGAGAAGAAAACUACCGAAACAGUGAACAGAUAGUGGAUGUUGGAGAAGAGUUAAUUAAUGAAUAUGCAUCUAAACUUGGAGAUGACAUUUGGAUAAUUUAUGAACAGGUGAUGAUUGCUGCCCUGGAUUGCAGUCGAGAUGAUUUGGCAUUGUUUUGUCUUCAGGAACUGAGGCGACAGUUUCCAGGGAGCCACAGAGUUAAACGAUUAACUGGAAUGCGAUUUGAGGCUAUGGAAAGGUAUGAUGACGCUAUCCAGUUAUAUGACAGAAUUUUGCAAGAAGAUUCAACUAAUACAGCAGCAAGAAAGCGUAAGAUUGCCAUUCGAAAAGCCCAGGGGAAAAAUCUCGAGGCCAUCCGAGAGCUGAAUGAGUAUCUGGAACAAUUUGUUGGUGACCAAGAAGCUUGGCAUGAACUUGCAGAACUUUACAUCAAUGAACAUGACUAUGCAAAGGCUGCCUUCUGCUUAGAGGAGCUUAUGAUGACUAAUCCACACAACCACUUAUAUUGUCAACAAUAUGCUGAAGUUAAAUACACUCAGGGGGGGCUUGAAAACCUUGAGCUGUCAAGAAAGUAUUUUGCACAAGCACUGAAGCUUAACAACAGAAAUAUGAGAGCUCUAUUUGGACUUUACAUGUCUGCCAGUCAUAUUGCUUCCAAUCCAAAAGCAAGUGCAAAAAUGAAAAAAGAUAAUAUGAAAUAUGCCAGCUGGGCAGCAAACCAAAUAAACAGAGCCUACCAGUUUGCAGGUCGCAGUAAGAAAGAAACUAAAUACUCUUUGAAGGCCGUAGAAGACAUGUUGGAGACCCUGCAAAUCACUCAGUCCUAGCUUGGCACAGAGAUCUAAUAUGAAAUUUUCCAGUAACACACUCAACCUGUAAUGGCCUGUGGGUUAUGUUACUCUAGUGCUGUUAAAAGUUAAUUUUGUAUUGAUUACGUGCUAUAUAAAAUAACAUUUUAUGAAAAGUAAAAUGACUAUUUAUUGCUGCUAUAAGAAAUGUGAUUAAUACCCACUGAAAUUAAUAACUUAUCCACAUAAACAACAUAAAGAAAUUACAUGCAGCACAUCAAGCCUCCUCAGAUUUUUGUAUGUACAGUAUGCUUCUAAGCCAUAAUUUGUAGAAAUAAACUUGUUAAAUGAUUAAAAAAAUACAGUGACUUA